UGGCAGCCUCCUCGAGCUUGUGAUGACUACCGGUCCGAAUGGAAACUCUGCCGGAGCAUCCGGAACCUUUUCCAUCACUACUAUACUUAUGGGGAAGCACCUUCCUGCAGGCAGUGGAGAAAGGACUAUGAGAACUGCAGAGAGUGGGAGAAAACAAAAAGCUCAGCAGCUAAGGACUCCCUCUGUGAGAGUGAAAAAGAGCGGAUUGUGGAGAAACAGAAGCAUGCUCCCGUGUGGACCUUAAGGAAGAGCCCCCCACUGGACUGGCAGCUGCCUCUUGAUGAGGUCAAACCAAAGUGAGAAUGGAGUUGGGCUGUGCUACUUCAGAGUUCUUUUAAGAAAAGUGCUGUGUGGAAGUUUCCCACCCCCCCCCCCCUCAGUCCAUAAAUCCGUGGUGCUGCUGCUGGUCUCCUUUUCUCAUUGCAGCUGCAUCACAUCAUUUGUAAAGAAAAUACAAACACCUGUUCUGAAAAGCUCCCUUA